AUGGUCCGUGCGCAGUUGUCGAACAACUCAUCCACCAUCACGUCGAACAACGCAGUAAACCCGGUUCCCUUGGGACUACCAGCCCUCACAGGAUCUCCCCUUCUCCAGUACGACCGAGCAGACCGUUGCUUCGUCACCACCACAAGAAGGACUCCCAUCUAUCCUCGAGACGGCUCCUGGGUUCGCGCAGAAGGUUCCAACCCACAGAUCGUCGCCCAUCAACAGCUUGUCAGUUAUUACCAGAGACACCCUCCCGCUCACCCAGAAGACGUAUUCGCCACCCUACGGAUCAACGUUGAGCCAGCACAAAUAACAGAGAAGCUACAGUCACCUGUUAACGAACAAUCGUUCGAACUCCCGGACGUUCAGUACGUUCCCAUCGAGGCUCCAGACACCGAACCACCACCUGUUUCAUUCGCACCAACCAACACACCAGUUGAACCUCCAAUGUCGACGUUCACUCAAGCAGACAUCGAUCAGCGCAUCGCGGCUGCUCUCGAUACAUACCGACUUCAACAAUCAACCGCCAAUCGACCCCUCCGCCUCGACAUCCCCGCUCCGGAACCCUUCAGUGGAAAGGCAGAGGAUCUUAGACGCUUCCUUCAAUGCGUCCUUUCCUACUUCGUCGCCACCAACAACACCAGACUUAGCGAUGAAGCAAAGAUCGCCUUCACGGUAGCAUUGAUGAGGAAGGACCUAGGGAAGACGUGGGCAGACGCAUACUACGAGAAGUCGGCAGGGGGAGUCCAGAUCGUCGCCCAUCAACAGCUUGUCAGUUAUUACCAGAGACACCCUCCCGCUCACCCAGAAGACGUAUUCGCCACCCUACGGAUCAACGUUGAGCCAGCACAAAUAACAGAGAAGCUACAGUCACCUGUUAACGAACAAUCGUUCGAACUCCCGGACGUUCAGUACGUUCCCAUCGAGGCUCCAGACACCGAACCACCACCUGUUUCAUUCGCACCAACCAACACACCAGUUGAACCUCCAAUGUCGACGUUCACUCAAGCAGACAUCGAUCAGCGCAUCGCGGCUGCUCUCGAUACAUACCGACUUCAACAAUCAACCGCCAAUCGACCCCUCCGCCUCGACAUCCCCGCUCCGGAACCCUUCAGUGGAAAGGCAGAGGAUCUUAGACGCUUCCUUCAAUGCGUCCUUUCCUACUUCGUCGCCACCAACAACACCAGACUUAGCGAUGAAGCAAAGAUCGCCUUCACGGUAGCAUUGAUGAGGAAGGACCUAGGGAAGACGUGGGCAGACGCAUACUACGAGAAGUCGGCAGGGGGAGUCCAGGUCUAUCCUGAUUGGGCAGCCUUCGCCACCGCCCUUGAGGAAGCGUUUCCUGAGCACGGAACGCGAAUCAAGGCGCACCAAAUCCUGAUGAAGCUGCCCGAACGACAGAAGAACAAGAAGACGGCGCUCUCCCUUGGAAACUACGCCACCCGCUUCGAGCAGCUAGCAUCGAAAGCCCAGCUCAAGGAUGCCGAAGUCAAUGGCGUCAACCGCACCGAGAACGACUACCACACUCUCCAUGCCAACUUCGUCAAGGGACUUCCGAAGGAGCUCUACGUCUCUCUCGCAACCAGGGUCGCUAGAGACCGACCCAACACCAUGAAAGCCUGGUACGACGAAGUCCGAAACGCCGACGCCGCCGAACAAGGGGCCCUCACCGUCACAGACACCAGGGACUACGGCGAGCCAAUGGAUAUCGACGCCGCUGCAGUCGUGGCAACCUUUGCCCCCACGUCGGGAGGAAGGAAGUGGGAACUAGGAGCAGUUCUCAAUGAAGCCGACCAGAAGCUCCACAGGGACGGGAACCUGUGCUUCUACUGUCACAUCAAGGGCCACAGCGCCAAGGAUUGCCGCAAGAAAGCGGCCGCACGACAAGGGGGUGGGAGGCCGAACCAGGGAGGAUCUGGGAAGGACGACUUCCGUGCCAGAAUCAAGGCACUCUCCGCUGACGAAAAGCGGGAGCUGUACGAAGAACUUACGAUGGAGGAUUUUUGA